AUGAAGAAAUUGAUUAAGAGACAUAAGCCAACCAUUGUGGCUUUACUCGAAACCAGAGUGCUUGCCUCCCAUGCGGUACGCAUUGUCAGACAAUUGGGUUCGUUUGAGUCCGUUUUGGUUGAUGCUGAAGGAUUCUAUGGGGGAAUGUGCUUGAUGUGGAAUCCGGAUGAGGUAGAUAUUCAGAAUACUAAGGAGUCGAGGUGGGCUGUUCAUGUUGUGGUUACGGCUAAGCUUCAAAGUCCGUGGAUUCUAUCCACCAUUUAUGGAAGUACCAACAAGGCUAACAGAAAGAGGGUGUGGAGUGAACUUCAAGCUGUGUCUGACAUUCCUAACUCUGAGUGGACGGUAAUGGGUAAUCUUAAUACUAUUGGUGGCACUCAGGAGAAGAGAGGUGGAAGAAAUACUUCUACUAUCCAACUUACUGAGCUAAGAGAUGUUAUGGAUAAUUGUAGGCUUAUUGAUUUAGGUUUCAGUGGUCCUAAAUUUACUUGGAAUAACAAGCGUGUCGGAGCUGCUAAUAUUAAGGAAAGACUGGAUAGAGCUGUAUCCAACUCAAGCUGGAUCAACAGGUUCAACAAGGUUCAGGUAUUGGACGCAUCAUUAGGAGUGAAGGAGGAGAUUUUGUUGCUUGUUAUUGUAAACAUAUUUUCAAGAACACAAAUAAUAUUGCAGAAGUUUGGGCCAUUAGAAAUUUCCUGCGCCUGGCUAUGGAGCUGGGCAUCACUGAUUUGGAGGUGGAAAGCGAUUCAGAAUAUGCAAUUCAACUCUGCAGAGAGACUUCCCAACCCCAGUGGAACACUAAGAGACUCAUCAGUGAAAUCAUCUCUCUCAAGGGAUGUUUCAAUCGUCUAAGAUUCAGUCAGAGAUACAGAGAAGCUAAUAAUGUUGCUGAUAGACUUGCUAAAGAUGGAACUUCUAAAAAGAACGAAGGCAUUUGGAUAGGAACUUUACCUAGUUUUUAAUUCAUGUUUUUCAAAAAGAUGUAAUGGGGUUACUACUCCUAAACUUGUUAA